AUGGGACUUUGCAAGUGUCCCAAACGCAAAGUUACCAAUUUGUUCUGCUACGAACAUCGUGUCAAUGUUUGCGAGUUUUGUCUUGUUGAUAAUCAUCCAAACUGCGUCGUUCAAAGUUACCUGAAUUGGCUGACAGAUCAAGAUUAUGAUCCGAAUUGUUCGAUUUGCAAGACAACUUUGACCGAAGGGGAAACUAUUCGAUUAAACUGCCUGCAUCUCUUACAUUGGAGGUGUUUCGACGAUUGGGCUGCAAGUUUUCCACCCAACACGGCGCCAGCAGGCUAUCGCUGUCCGUGUUGCAGUCAAGAAGUGUUUCCACCAAUCAACGAAGUUUCUCCACUUAUUGAAAAGCUCCGCGAACAACUGAAACAAUCGAAUUGGGCACGUAAUGCUCUCGGUCUUCCUGUUCUUCCAGAACUGAACAGACCUGUCAAACAGGUGUCAACGGCUCCACCUCUUCCCCCGCCGCAGGUGAAGCACGUAGCUUAUGACAAUGCGGCGAUGGAAAAGGAAACGCCGGUUCAUCAUAAUAGAUCUGCCACUCCAGCAACUCACUUAGAUAUGGAGGACUCAGCUUCCUAUUCUGUCUCCAACAACGAUGUUACUUUCGCAAGAAAAAAGAACUACGCAUCUGAAUCUUCUAGUGAUACUCGACCACUUCUUCAACAAGAUCGAGACGCUGAUAACGAAGAGAAUAAGUACAAAAGACGGCCUGCGAUGGACUGGAUGCGUGGAUUAUGGAGAGCAAAGCAUGGAGCGGGAAUGCCACAGGAUCGUUCGUCCGGACGAAAAAUGGCUAUUUUUGUCAUGUUCCUGGCACUUCUUGCACUGAUUACUGUAAGUAAAACAUUAUCACGGUGCUUAAACAACGGUGAACAUUCCUCCGACCCUAUGUUCGAUCCAAUGGCAAACCCCAACAUUCGUGUCGCUAUUGAUGAUUCACGUCUUCCGCAUCUUUAA